AUAUUCGACACGUGGCCUUUCCAGUCCGAGCUCUAUCGCCGGUGUUUGCGGUUUUUGAGCACGCCGAUUGACAACGUGGUGCUGGCGUUUGCACCAUCGAUCGAUGACGACAAUACCAGCUACUCCUCCGAGAGUCACGUCAAGCUCCUCGAAGGGAUUCUUCCGUUAUCGGAUCGUGUUUUCUCGGAUGUUACCUACUUCGUCCGUGGCAACUAUGCUGAGAACACCAAACACGUGGACCUUUCGGCUAUACGGUCUUGA